AUGACGCGACUUCCACUCCCAACGCCAGCCCCGAUCGAUCCCUUGUAUCAGCCCACGGCAUCCAUAGAAAAGAUCCCCGCGACAACACCGAUUGAGUAUAUCCUCGCAAUCCUCGAGCGUGACGGUGGCGUAAUCCUCACAGACCUUGUUUCAAAGGACGACCUAUCUGCGAUCGAACAGGAACUCCAACCCUGGAAUGAAAAGCACCGUCGCCACCUCGACCCGACUGUCGACGGCGAUGCAUUUACCACGAUCCCUCCCCAAACAACACUUGUGCCCGGGUUGGUUGGGAAGUCUAGAACUGUCGCGCAAAUCUGCGAGCACCCGGUUCUCGAGGAACUACGCCAGCGAAUCCUUCGCGACGACUUUGUUCUAUAUCGUGAGGGCAACGCCGAGCCCAACACACUCGAUCCGUUGCUGAGUCUCAGCGUAUCGAUGAAUAUCGGCUAUGGAGCCCCGAGACAACUUCUGCACCGUGAUGAUAACGUUCACAAUAUCCGUCAUACACGAAAUCCUUUCGUCCCAUGGAGCUUCAAGCAGGUGAGCCAGUUUGGAUGCUUAAUUGCCGGGUGUGAGGUGACGCGAGAAAACGGGGGGACAAUGUUCGUCCCGGGAAGUCAUAAGUGGGACGAUGAUCGGUGGGCUCGUGCGGAUGAAGUUUGCUUUGCAGAAAUGUCGCCCGGCUCGGCCUUGAUAUUCCUCGCUUCAGCCUUCCAUGGCGGCGGGCACAAUUCCGUACCUGACUCUGUCCGAACGAUGCACAGUUUAUUCUUUAUCCGUGGCCAUCUUCGGACCGAGGAGAACCAAUUCCUCGCUGUCCCAAGAAGCAAGGUCCGGGAGAUGAGCCCUAAGAUGUUGGAACUCUUGGGUUACAAGAAGCCGACCACAGCAUUGGGCAUUGUAGAUAACAUGAGCCCAGACGAGGAUGUGGAUGGUAUCUGGGCGAGAGCAGUGCAAUAAUGAUUCAUCGAUGCCGGUUAUGCGCGCCGACGCUGCAUGAAUCAUGUCUUUACGUGUUGAUGUUGUGAUAUUAGUGUCAGCUUUAAGUGACGAAAUCAUGUAAUAUGUAUUAUUCUUGCG